ACUGACUGCCACUCGAUCAAUGAACCUGGAGAAGUUAUGGCAGAGCCAGUAGCUGCGGAGCAAGCCAGUAGUGAUGGGCUACCAAGAGAGCCUCGCAACUCUGGCCUGCCGUACCCACAUCAUGAUGUAUAUCCAUCAGACGAGCUGGCUUGCCUGGCGGUGGAUAAGUCCAUGCCAAUUGCAAUUGUAGGAAUAGGGUUUCGGGGCCCAGGGGAGGCGACCAAUGUUGAAAAAUUAUCAGAAAUGAUACUCACAGGUCGCGAAGCAUGGACCCCGAUUCCGGCGGAACGAUGGAACAACGCUGGAUUCUACCACCCAGACCAUGGUCGGCACGGGACGAUUAAUGUAGAAGGCGGUCACUUCAUGCAAGAGGACGUAUCACUUUUUGAUGCGCCGUUCUUCAACAUGACGAGCGAUGAAGCGGCGGCCAUGGACCCCCAGCAAAGACUCCUUCUGGAAGUGACCUACGAAGGUCUGGAAAGUGAUUACACAGAUAUUCUUCUCCGUGAUCCUGAAUGCAUGCCUAUGUACCAAUGCACAAAUGCCGGCCAAUCCCGUGCAAUGACGGCGAAUCGAGUCUCAUAUUUCUUCGAUCUCAAGGGACCCAGCGUGACAGUUGACACAGCGUGCUCUGGAAGUUUAGUUGCAUUACAUAUGGCAUGCCAGAGUCUUUGUACCGGCGAUGCUUCCACAGCAAUAGCUGCGGGGGUCAACCUCGUUCUUAGCCACGAGUUCAUGUCCACUAUGAGCAUGAUGAAAUUCCUUUCACCAGACGGGCGAUGCUAUACUUUCGAUGAAAGAGCCAAUGGAUACGGCCGAGGAGAAGCAGUUGGAUGUCUAAUCCUCAAGCCGCUAUCGCACGCGCUACGAGACAGCAACACCGUCCGAGCCGUGAUCCGAGGUACUGGUACAAACCAAGACGGUCGAACACCCGGAAUUACAUUACCUAGUGGUACUGCGCAGGAGACAUUGAUCAGAGAUGUUUAUGCGCGCGCUGGGCUUAGUCCAAGCGAGACAGAUUUCGUGGAGGCUCAUGGUACGGGGACUCAAGCCGGAGACCCCAUCGAAACUGGUGCAAUAUCCCGAGUCUUUGGACCGGAGCGUGCACAUAAUGAUCCGCUGAGAAUAGGUUCAAUCAAGACUAACGUUGGUCAUCUUGAAGGUGCCAGUGGAGUGGCCGGUGUCAUUAAGGCAGUAUUGAUGUUGGAGAGCCGCACAUUCUUUCCAAAUCGCAACUUCAAGAACGUGAAUCCACGCAUACCACUGGAGGACUGGAAAUUAAAGGUGCAAACUGAAUCCCAACUCUGGGAGACCACGAGACCACGUCGAGUUUCCGUCAAUAGUUUCGGUUAUGGGGGAAGUAAUGCUCAUGCCAUUAUUGAAGAUGCACAGGAAUAUCUCAGGGCUCAUGGAAUUCGAAGAAUUCUCCAGAAGCGAUGCAAAUUUGCACAUGGAACGCAAGGAAGGCAUCAACAGACAGAGAUCGAGCUCCAGCAAACGAACGAUGCGCGCUCCCCACCCACUCGGAAGCGAAUAUUUAUGUUAUCUGCGUUUGACGAGCAAUCCUGCCUCGACCAAUCCCAGAAUCUGCACAUGUAUUUGCUUAAAAAGCAGCAAGCGAGUGAACAUGACUUCCUAGAGGACCUGUCGUUCACGCUCAACGAGCGUCGCUCGAGAUUCAUGUGGAAAACUGCAGUGGUUGCCGACUCAAUUCCUAGCCUUAUUGAUGCACUUUCUUCAAGCACAAACCCCAACAGUUCCAUUCGAACACCUACACUUGGCUUCGUGUUCACAGGCCAAGGUGCCCAAUGGGCCGGCAUGGGAAAAGAGUUGCUGGAUGCAUAUCCUGUAUUCAAGGAAUCUAUCGCAAAGAUUGAUGCUUAUCUCCGCCACAUCGGAGCCCCAUUUUCUGCUCGAGGUAUGUUAUGCCCGAACUUAUCAGAUUUUCAGAAUAAUAAUGUCAAUUCGGGUGCCCUCAGUAUGGAAGAUGCUAUGGCCGUGGCCUACUACCGCGGCGUUUCUGCAAUCCAACUUUCAGUUGAAUAUGGAGCAAGGGGUGCAAUGAUGGCAAUUGCGAUGGACCCAACCAAAGUUCAGCCUUAUCUUGACCGCCUCAUGUCCGGUAAAGUGGUGGUUGCGUGCAUCAAUAGCCCAUCAAGCGUCACAGUAUCCGGCGAUAUCGCUGGAAUCAAUGAACUGGAACAAAAUUUACACGACAAACCGGUAUUUAAUCGAAGACUUGCGGUGGAUGUUGCAUAUCACUCUCAUCACAUGGAGCUUAUCGCAAUGAACUAUCUAGAGUUGAUUUCCGAUAUAACGCCGCGUACCCAGGCCUCAAUUCCAGACCAUGGUGCUCAAGCUCGGCUACCAACUUUCUUUUCCUCAGUGACUGGCAAGGAAGCUCAGAUCGAGGAUCUUGGUCCACGAUAUUGGGUAUCAAAUUUGCUGGGUCAGGUUUCCUUUGCCGAAGCGGUCAAAGCCCUUUGUUUUGAGACCAACAUCAAAAGAAAAGGAAUAAGAAAUCCGACUAACAAGCGCACGAGACGAGCUGGUUUGGCGCGGAAAGUCAAUGUGGAUUGUCUUUUGGAAGUUGGUCCACACUCAGCGCUGGCUGGACCUAUCAAGCAAAUCCUCCAAGCAGAUCCAAAACUCAACGCAAGGCAAAUAACGUAUGCCAGUACCCUGACUCGAAAAGUCCAUGCUGUCACAACUGCGUUGAAAGUGACUGCACUGCUUGCCUCUCUCAACUACCCAGUUGAUUUCGGCGCGAUCAAUUCUUCUGUAGAGAAUUCCAAUACCAGAAAGCCACAGUUGUUAAUCGAUCUCCCCCAAUUGCCGUGGCUUGCUGAUCACAAAAUUCAAUCGAAAAUUGUGUAUCCAGCAGCGGGAUACAUAGCCAUGGCCAUUGAAGCAUCUCUUCAGCUCGCAAAAGAGAAAAACAUCGUUGGUGUUGUUUUAAGAGACAUUUUGAUAGAGAUUGCUUUGGUGGUGAGUGAGACAGCUCCGGUCGAAAUAAUGUUGUCACUUCGAGAGAUUGAGCAAACCACAAGUGACGAAUUCGACCAGUUGCAUAACUUCUACAUCUACUCCGUUACAGAAGACAACAAAUGGACUUUACACUGCACAGGCGUGGUUGGAGUGCAGAGCAGCAACGACGGCGAUGUGAUGCUUCCGACAAGCGAGGAAAUGAUAGAAAAAGAAAUCGAUGGGUUUCUUUCAAUACAUCCUGAGACAGAAACCCCCGGCAUAUCAGUGGUAGACACCAACAAGCUUUAUGAUCAGCUCCACACUGUUGGUAUGGAAUAUGGACCUUGCUUCGCGAAUCUGACAGAGGCUCACGUCACCCACGAUGGGACUUGUUUUGGGGAAGUCACUGUUCCAGAAACCGAAAAUUUGAUGCCAAUGGCAUUUCAGUACCCAUUCUUGAUUCAUCCCUGUACUCUCGACAGUAUUUUUCACACGAUAUUUGCGGCUCUACCAGCCUACAUGGGGCUAGAGCAGGGACCGGCAAUCCCAGUUAGACUUGACGAAAUGCGACUAUCUUCCAGAAUCACUUGCUUACCGGGGGAUGUUCUCAGCGUUUGCACCCAUGUUACCUUAGGACCACAGGGCGAUGUUCUUGCCUCCAUUGAUGUAGUGGAUCAAAACGCCGGACAUCAAGGUUUUGAUGGAAGUAUAUUAAUCCGCAGACUGCGAUGCAGGCGCCUUGACCACAGUACAAGCGAACGAUACACAGAGACAUCAAACUGUAUUGCCCACAACAUCGAGUGGAAACCAGAUCCCGAAUUCGUUUUCUACAGGAAGAGAUCAAAAAUUCCCCAGCAAGUUCAAGGAACCGGGGAUAUAUCUAUGCCACCGUUUGAAAUGCUCGAAAUCUGUGCCGCGAACUUUUUAAGGACAGCCAUUGAUGCCGUUGAUGGGGCUGAGAUGAAGGAGAUUCUUAAGAUCGAUCGAAAAUACCUUUCCUAUCUCAAAGAGACAGUUCGAGUGUAUGAGGCAAACUACCCUGAGGAAGACUGCCCAGGAUCCGUCGAUCUUGAGGGCAUAAGAGCAUCUGGGCCUCUGGGAGAAAUGCUAUGUAUGCUUGGCGACCAGUUUGCUUCGGGCAUCCAACAGCAUGCCCCAACGUUACGCUCAAUCCAGACACCUCAGCUCUGGGAUAUCUUCUCCGAGAUUCCAUCAUACCAGCAAACGUUUGCGAUGGCCACUGGAUAUCUGGAUUUGAUCGCAUACAAAGCUCCGGAAAUUACGAUUCUUGAGAUAGGUGCCGGAAUGGGGGAAACAACGAAGCUAUUUUUGCAAGGCAUCCUCGACAGAAGAGGAAUGCCUCGCUGUUUAGAAUACACUUUUACUAACCCAGACAAAUAUGUCGUUGAGAAAGCUACAGAACAGCUGAAAUGUUGGGCAGACUGGGUAUCCUGCAAGCAACUGGACGUUGAGCAUGAUCUGGCAGAACAGGGCUUUUCAAACUCUCAAUACGAUGUUAUUAUUAUACCACAUGGAUUAUUAGACACUUUAUCCACUCACCAAGCUCUUUCUACGAUUAAGCAUCUUCUCGCGCCAUCCGGCUAUCUGAUAUACAUUGACCUGCAUCAAAAACGGCAUAACGCGCUAGAGGAUCUUAUAUUCGGUCCUCUCUAUAAUUAUCAGCUGGGAGAUAUGCUAGAAGAUGGCAGCAGUGAAUCAAACCAAGCUCAAUGGGCUCAAAAAUUCGACGAAGUUUCGCUUUCCGCUGCUAACAUUGGCGAGGAUGUUAAAGUCUCCGGUGCGGGGACUUUGACUAUUUGCAAACACAAGAUGAAUGCAUUGAAAAGACAUAAAGGCGUUCUGGUUAUCUGCGAACAGGGUCAUUGUGAGAUUGACUUAGAGUCAUUGCAAAAGCAGUUAAUGAUGCUUUUUAUCGACGUAACAGUAACUGACAUCACUCACGCUCAGCCAACAGACCGGAUAUGUAUAGUUCUCAGCAACCUGCACAUGCCAUUAUUAUCAAAUUGUGACGAGCAGACAUUUAAGCGGCUCAAGGAUAUCUUUCUCUACAGCGCAGGUGUACUUUGGGUCACUCGCGGAGGCACAAUGGAGUCCACAAACCCGGAAGCCGCCUUAGCAACUGGCUUUGCACGAACAGCACGUUCAGAAUCCGGCGUCAGCAGCAUAAUUACUUUAGAUCUCGACAGUCAGAAUCCUCUCUCCGGCGCUCGUAUCACAGAACUGAUAUUUGAAAUGAUCAACUGCCGGUUUCUACAACCAAACAUUGCCGAUAAUGAUACGGAAUAUGCAGAGCGCGAGGGAAAGCUAUUCAUUCCCAGGGUUGUCGAAAAUGCCGAAGUUAAUCGGACAAUACACACUAUUAACGAGACAGAGACUCUGUCUGAACAGCCAUUCCGACAGCGGAAGCUGCCUCUCCGCGCACCAAGACUUACCAAAGGAACUCUCUCGAAUUUUUUUUUGCCUGACCGGACUACUACCGAAAUCCCUGUCGGAUAUGUUGGGGUGGAGGUGCAAUCCUUUGGAAUAAGUGAAAGAGACAUCCAAGAACAUUAUCAAACCACAGAGGCGGAAAGUACACUCGGCCUAGAAUGCAGUGGAACCAUUUAUGCUCUCGGUGCUGGAGUACAUGGCUUCUCGGUUGGAGAUCGAGUCGCUUGCUUUGGUGUUGGGACUGCAAGAAGCUUAUAUCACGACCGAGCAUCGGCAUUUCAGAAGAUGGAUGAUGAGAUGCCGUUCGAAUUAGCCGCAGCCGUGCCUGUGGCGUAUUGUACGGCUUACUAUGUUGUGCAUCACUUGUCACAAAUCGAGUGCAACAAUGCAGUUCUCAUUCUCGAUGCCGCCAGCUGGUUUGGACAGGCAAUUGUUGACAUGUGCUGUGUACGGGGUGCAAAGAUUUUUGCAACUGUUACCACCGCAGCACAAAGAACGCUCUUGACAUCGAGAUUUGCUAUUCCACCAAACCAAAUCUUUGACGCCACGGAACACUUUACCAACAAUAUUCUGAGAUUAAAUGGACGCAAAAAGGUGAACAUCGCAAUCAACUGUGGUGAUAGUAAUGACCGAAGCUUCCGACUUGCUUUGAACUGUGUUGCCUCAUUUGGGCAAGUUAUCCAGGUUCGGAGUCAAACUUCCAACACGAACUGCAGAUUUAAAAUAUCUUCUUGUCCUAAAAACAUAUCUUACUCGACUUUCAACCUUUUCGAGCUUCGACGAGACAGAAGCGACCUAACCGAUCAGAUAUUGUCCAAGGUAUUUCAGCUUUUUCGUGCUGGAAGGCUUCACGGCCCUUCAUCAAUCGCGAUGUACAAUGUGGCCAACAUUGCGGAGGCUUUGAGAUCCAUUCCUCUCGAAAGUCAUGUUGUUGUGGGUUCUGGGCCCAAGGAUACUGUCAAGGUCAAACUCCCAGCAGCCCCGCGGAUUUUAUUCUGUGCCGAAGCUUCCUACCUCCUCGUAGGCGGACUUGGAGGCAUAGGCCGUGUAGCGGCUCUCUGGAUGGCAGAACGCGGAGCAAGGAGCUUGGUAUUUGUGAGCCGAAGCGGACUUUCCAAUGAGUCCUCCCAUCAGACGGUCAGAGAACUUGAACAAAAAGGUGUUCGGGUUACUGUACAAAUCUGCGAUGUAGCAAGUGAGGAAGAUACCAAACAAAUGAUGCUCGAAAUCUCCCAGCGUGUUCCCCCCAUCAGAGGGCUUAUCCAAGCUGCCAUGGUAUUAAAGGACGUUCAUAUUGAAAACAUGACCUUGGAGGAUUACCAUACUGUUUUACAACCUAAAGUUGCAGGAACAUGGAAUCUACAUCGCAAUCUCCCCCGAGACCUCGACUUUUUCGUUAUGCUAUCUUCAAUCAGUGGGGUGAUCGGAAAUGCCACACAGGCAGCCUAUGCAGCCGGAUCAACAUUUAUGGACUCACUCGCAGGAUAUCGGAACACCCUCGGCCUUCAUGCUGUGUCUCUGGAUCUUGGAACUGUCACGGACGUCGGCUAUCUUGCCGAGAACCGGGAUCUAGCAGAGAAAAUGACGAGGCAAGGCUUCCACGGGACCGAUACAUCAACCGUAAUGUCUCUCAUAGAAGCUGCCAUUCUACAGCCCCGGGAUGGAAGUGGAGUCUCCCAGAUAGUGACCGGGCUGGGCCAAUGGAAGCAAGGCGAAUCACUUGGGAAUUUUGAUGCGCCUCUAUUUUCUCAUUUCCGUCACCGUUUUCGUAUGCAAUCGGACGUGGGGAUACUUGACACAUCCAUUGGAACUCUGCGUGAGGGGCUAAAAACUGCGAAGACUUUAGAUGAAGCCACACGAUUGAUUUGCGAAAUGCUCAUCGAGAGGGUUGCUGUUCAUCUCACCAUAGCUGGGGAGAGCGUCGACCCUACCAACGGGAUUGCAGAGUAUGGAGUCGACUCCCAUGUGGCGAUCGAAUUGCGAGAUUGGAUAUCAAAGACCAUGGAUAGCACAAUCCCAAUCCUGGAGAUCCUGGCCAGUGGUUCAUUGCUGGAGUUGGCAGGGAAGAUUGCCAGCAAGUCUCAGCUUCUCAGUAUCAACACCGAUGAUUAG